CAGAUCUUUUACACGCACCAAUACUACAUUUCCCACAAUGCAACGGUGACGCACCGAGCAGUAGGCUGCUUCAUUUCAAUAUUUAUUGGCACAGCAGUCGUCAGCAUCACAGUAAAAUUAACUUUCAGAUACCCAUCAAAAAUGGCAAAACGGAAGGUGGACACUGAGAACCGGGGGUUUCAAACAAGGUGGGAGUCGGAGUAUAUGUUCACGGAGGUAGCUGGAAAACCUGUGUGUCUUCUGUGUGGAGAAAGUGUGGCGGUACUGAAAGAGUAUAAUCUGAGACGACAUUAUGAAACGAAACACGCGGACAAAAACAAGAAUAUGGACAUGGAACAAAGGCUACAAAAGGCAGAGGAAUUAAAACGAGGCCUCAAAUCUCGACAGGCUCUGUUCAAAAAAGCCAAAUCACAAGGCCAGGCUGCUGUCAAGGCCAGUUUUAUUUUGGCAGAAGAGAUCGCUAAAUCAGCCCGGCCAUUUACGGAGGGGGAUUUCAUCAAAAACUGCAUGAUUAAAGUUUGUGACGAAGUUUGCCCAGAAAAAAGGCAACUCUUUUUAAAUGUGAGUCUGAGCAGAAACACCAUUGCCGAGAGAGUAGACCAGUUGUCCAUCAAUCUAAAAGAGCAGCUUGUGAAAAAGGGAAAAGAUUUCAUUGCAUAUUCCUUGGCUGUGGAUGAGAGCACCGACAUUUCUGACAUUGCCCAGUUGUCAAUUUUCAUCCGCGGAGUGGACUCCAGCCUAAGCGUGACAGAGGAGUUUUUGGCUUUACGUCCUAUGCAUGGCACAACUACGGGGCAUGAUUUGUAUGAAGAGGUGUCAAGAUGUGUAAAUGAGAUGGAGCUGCCUUGGGAAAAACUCGUGGGUUUGACAACCGACGGAGCACCUGCGAUGUGUGGACACAGGAGCGGACUGGUGGCGAAGAUACGGGAAAAGAUGCAAGAGGAAAACGCGACAGGUGAGCUGACAGCUUAUCAUUGUAUCAUACACCAGGAAGCGUUGUGCGGUAAAGCCUUGAAAAUGGAGCAUGUAAUGAGCAUCAUCACGCGCACAGUUAACUUUAUCAGAGCCAAAGGUUUGAAUCACCGCCAGUUCAAGGCAUUUCUGACGGAGUUAGAAACGGAGCAUGGUGAUUUGCCUUAUCACACAGAGGUGCGAUGGCUAAGCCAGGGAAAGGUGCUUCAAAGAUGUUUCGAGCUUCGUGAGGAGAUUUGUCUGUUCUUGGACAGCAAAGGGAAAGACACAACACAACUCCGAGACGAAAUGUUUCUGUGUGAAAUGGCUUUUCUGUGUGACAUUACGAGUCAUCUGAAUGCAAUGAACUUGCAGCUGCAGGGUCGGGAUCAUGUCAUCUCUGAUAUGUACAGUACAGUGAAGGCAUUUAAAACCAAACUGACUCUGUGGGAGACGCAGAUGCGGAAAGAAAAUUUGAGCCACUUUCCCAGCUGCCAGACCAUGAAAGAGAAGCUCUCUACCAGUGCGUUCCCGAGCGCACAGUUGGCUGAUAAAAUAGGUAUGCUUGCCGCUGACUUUCGACGCCGAUUUGCUGACUUUGAAGCACAAAAAAGCAGGUUGGAACUGCUCGGUAACCCAUUUGCUGUUGACGUGGAAAGCUCACCACCAAACCUCCAAAUGGAGUUGAUUGACCUCCAAUGCAAUGAUGCACUGAGGGCAAAAUAUGCGGCAGUGGGUGCUGCGGAGUUUGCCCGUUUCCUCCCCGACACAAUGCCCCAGCUGCGCAUCCAGGCUGCUCAAACGUUGUCUAUGUUUGGCAGCACAUACCUGUGUGAACAACUGUUUUCUUUGAUGAACCUGAACAAAACAUCACACAGAAGUCGACUUACUGCUGAACACCUCCACUCAAUUCUGAGGAUUUCCUCAGCUCAGAGCCUUACCCCGAACAUUGAUGAACUUGUGGAAAAGAUGGGACACCACCAAGUAUCACCCUCAACCUCAAACAAGUGA